UUUCUCUUUCGGUGAGAAGCUCAACAGCCAGAAGCUGGGAUAUGUGACCUGAUGCAAUGCGCCCCUGCCAGCUUGGAGUAUGCUGUGAAGACUUGCCAAGUUUCAUGGUCUUUUAGAAGAUACGCUGGAAGGAAGUGGGGGGGCUCAAGCCAGUUGCUUCGGCUGUUGGCUCGGCGUUUCUCAUCCCGCGAGAGAUCCAGUUCGCCUCCUUUGCUCCCAGACUACCUGAACACAGUCGGAGAUUCUUUAGCCUCAAAGGAACAAAGUCGCCGGAGGCAGCUUCUUGCAAAAAUUCCAAAAGCCGAACGUUUACAUCGUCCCGAGGAGAAGAGAGCGCAUGAGAAGCGAACUCUUGCCAAGGAACGGAGCGUGGUGGCUGUAGCCUUACAGCCGGGUGAGGCCUUGUUACCUCCGAAGGAGUUUCAUGAUCCCCGGCAGCCCCUGCCAUCUAGCCUGGCCAGGACUGGGACACCCGAAUUGAUGAAGAUCGUCAGUAAAUUGGCCAACGGCUAUGAGCAUGAAGAUCUGGAUGAAGCCGAGCCACAGCGCGAUGCUGAGCUACCAUUGGAGCCUCGCCAGGAGAAGACGGGCAGGCGAUCUAACACUGCGCCUCCGUGGGAGCAUCGACAAGUGCGACUGCAUGUUAAGCCCGAGCACAGAUGCAAGAUCCGCCUCUUGAUGUGCAAGAAAAUCUUGCACGAUUGUUUGAUUACUUUGCGCAGGUUGCAAGACCAAUCGGAGCAUGACGAUCCACUCUGGUGGUUUGAGGGGUAUCAUGCAAAGCAGCUGGCAGGUGGGUUGAAAAACAGCACUGCAAAUGUGCAAGAAUUGAUCAAGUUCUUGGCGCGGAAGCAAUUGCACAUCCAACUUGGUCCCGUCCGGAGUGAGUGCAUCCCACAAAGUCACGCGGAGCUUAACCGCGACAAGAGCGAGCAGCUGGGUUUGGAAUGGGAGGAAUUCAGACGUGCUGUGUGCAGAAUCGUGCCGGAAGACGUGCUUUUGCGUAAGUUUUUGGAUGGGGAACUGUCAUGGGACAUUGUUUUUGUGCAGCUGGAUGUCACAGUCCGCGAUCGAAAGUGAUAUACUUAUACGGCUCACGCCCGUGCCAACUAUUGGUUCAGAAUUGUAUGCUCUUUCCAAUAGCCUCAGGCUAAGGCUUGCCCAAAUGGCGCGAUGCCACGGCUUGCCGUAUUUUCAUAGAUCUCUGAGAGACACAAAAGCGUCGCAACGUUGGCCUUGCAAAUCCCAUCAAACUUCUCACUUACACUACGGAGAAACCAGAAUCUCCUGAAAAAGAGAGACAAGGACAGAUAGAGAGAGAGAGAGAGAGAGCGAG